UUUUGAAGUAUAUAGAUCAUUGAGAGUAGCUAAUCCACGUCCAUACAUGGUUUUACUUGCAAAGGAUGUAUUCUAGUUGCUUCAAGUUCAGAAAUCCUUACACGAGUGAGGAAGGUAAUUUAAUAUAUGAAUCAUCAUCAAGUUGACAACCAAGGUUUAAAGUCGAUAAGAAGAAAACAAGAUUGUAAAUAAACCAUUGGUUGGAAUGGUAAUGAGAUGGAAGACAAGAUAUAUAUGAAGAUGACACGAUAGAAAACUAAGUUACUCAUUGAGACAAAACAUAUACGCAAAACACACAUUACUUAUUGACUUGGGAAGAAAUGAUAUUGGAUAGGUUUGUCAAACUAAUAUUCCACCUUGUGUAUGUUUUUGUAAGGUUAGCUGAGGAUGUCUCAAUCUUUAGCUUUCAUUUUGGAGGUCUCAAGUUCAAAAUCCAAGACAUGGGUCAAGAUUGAGAGAGGGAGGGUUAUCUCUUAGUUUAUAACCCAUUAUUAGAUGUAUCAAAAACAAUGCAUCUAUAAGUAUUUUCUUAUAUUUAGUGAUGUGAUUUAGCUAAUUUGUGGUACAAACAACAACGGCAAUGCUGUUAAUUAUUUAUUAAAUGUUAAUGAGGUGU